AUGAAUUUCGAGCCGGAGACUCAGCAGCAAUUCGCCUUCGAUGGGGGACGGGGCGCCGGCCCAGGACGGGGCCGCGGGCGCGGGUCUGGCCGCCAGCCGGUGCCGCCCGACACCCCGUUCGAGAAGGGCAUCGUCGUUUCCACCAGGGAGAACUACGGCUUCGUACGCAGCGAGUUCCGUCCUGCGGACGUGUUCUUCCACUUCUCGGAGGUCACCGCGCCCGACGGGGCCCCGCAACCAGCCCCCACACCACCCGAGGCUCCGGCGCCCGCCACGGAGGACGGCGUCACGAAGACCUUCCCCCACCGCGGCCACGUCGCCACUCCGCACGUGGCGCCCGGCACCUGCGCCGAGUUCCAGGUCGUGCACAACGCGAUGACGGGCAAGCUCAACGCGGUCAACCUGCGGGUCCUUGAACCGGGCAGCGUCAGCCUGGAACGCACCCUCCCGGACACCUACAUCGGCACGGUCUCCGCAGAGUGCGCCUCGCGCUCCCGCGGCGCGCACCGCGGCAAGGGCGCGCGCGGCCAGAUCACGGCCCUCGAGAAGGCGGGCGGCGGCGCUCUCGCGGAGCCCGCGGCGCCCGCCGAGGGCGCGGUGCCCGCGCCGGAGAGCCCGCGGCUGCGCGACGUCUUCUCGUACCACGUGAAGGACGUGGUCGGCCCUCCGCCGGUCGCGGGCCAGCGCGUGGAGUUCCGGGUGUGCGAGGAGAAGGCGUCGGGGAAGCGGCGCGCGGUGGGCGUGACGGGGCUGGCGGCGGUGGUGGACCGCGCGACGAUCGCGGGGAUGGAGCGCGUGCAGGGGUUCGUGGCGGCGCUGAAGGACACGUACGGCUUCGUGCGGUGCGCGGGGCGGCUGGCGCAGGUGUUCUUCCACAGCUCGGAGGUGGAUGGGGGCGUCGAGGGGCUCGACGUGGGGCAGGAGGUGUCGUUCGUGGUCACGACGGACGUGCGCACGGGGAAGGACGCGGCGGUGUCGGUGUCGAGACUCCCCGCGGGGACCGUGACGGCCGAGGUCAGGGUCCCGGGGGUGUUCAAGGGCCGCGUCGUGCAGGCGUCCGAGAACCAGCUCAAGUCGUGGUCCGACGAGGACGGCCGCCUCCUCGUCGAGGGGCCCUACGUCGAAACACCCCCCCCUGACGCAGCCACGGAGCAGCAGCCCGACGCCGACGCAAGUGCCCCCCCGCCCGCGGACGCCGACCCGCCCGAGCGCGCCGGCACGACCGCGGUGUUCAGCGGCGGCGCCGUCGCGCCGGGCGCGGGCGAGCGCGUCGAGCCGUGGACGCCCGGCGUCGGCGACGAGGUGGCAUGCGAGCUGUGGGAGGUGCCCGCGCUGGGCGUCGUGCGCGCCGUCGCGCUGCGGUUCCUCCGGCGCAACCCCGAGCGCGGCCAGAUCCUCAGCCUGCAGCCCAACUUCGGAUUCAUCCGUUCUGCGGAGCGCGCGCUGGACGUGUUCUUCCACAUGACGUCCCUGGAGCCGCCGCUGAAGAUGGCGGAGCUCGCCGUGGGCGUGGACGUGUCGUUCUCGAUGGGGAAGGACACGAACAGCGGCCGGCCGUGCGCGCUGAGCGUCGCGCGGGCGGCCAAGGGGUCGGGCGCGUACCAGGCGCUGUCGGGGGGGGAGUUCUACGGGGUGUGUCAGGAGACGGCGCGCGCCGCGCGCGCGUACGGCGCCACAGGCACCGCCGGGCUCAUCGAGUUCGCCACCCCGGACGCGCCCACCGAGCGCCAGCUCAUCACCUACGGUGCGGGGGAUACGGCGCGGGAAGACGGCAACAAGGGCGGUCUGCGGCCGGGCGAGCACGUGGCGUUCCGCAUCAUGACGGACCUCCGGCACGCGAACGUCGCCGCGGGCGCGAAGUCGCCGAGCGCGGAGCUCGCAGGCAAGCGCGCCGUGCGUGUGCGCCCCGUGCGCACCGUCGGGCGCGUGUGCGCGGUGUACGAGUCCACGGGGAUCAUCGAGGUGCUCGUGCCGGACAAGGCGGCCGACGCGCCGCGGAGCGGGAAGUCGCGCCGCGCCUCCACGAAGAGCAAGCGCAGCUCUGUUGGCGGCGCUGCUGGCACGGAAGAGGGGGCGAAACCCUCGCUGCCGGCGUCCGCGGCCGGCUCCGCGACGGAGGAGGCGCGGGAGAAGGAGAAGGCGGCGGCGGAGCCCGCGGGGCCCGGGACGGCCCGGGUCGGGCAGCAGGUACAAUUCCAUGUGUCUGACUUGCCGCCGAAAGUCCGACUGAGGGUCGGGGACGAGGUGGAGUGCGUGCUGACGACGGGCAAGGGCCGCGACGUGAUGGCGCGGCAGCUCGUGCGCACGCGCGAGGGCGACGAGGAGGACGUGGCGGAGGCGAAUGCGGCGGCGCCCGCCAUGAAGGCAACACCCCCCCGCCUGCAGCACCUCAAGCUGGCCGCGGCGUCCGGCGGCGCGCGGCCCGUGACGACGGCACGGAUCGCCAAGGGCCCGGACGGCACGCGCGGGUUCGCGCUGGGCCGUGGGAAGGCGAUCGAGGCUGCGUUGCACGACCAGCAUCGCAAGCUGGAGCAGGUGACGGACGCGCCGGAGUGGGUGCCGCCGGGCGCGGGGGCGGACGCGGAGAAGGUUGCGGACGCGGACGAGGCCGCGCAGUGA